AUGGCCUCCGGAAAUUGCGCCUGCAACUACAUUAGUUACACGACCUCAAGCCCUCCAACCAAAUUGGUCAAUUGCCACUGCACCACCUGCCGUAAACAAGCUGGCGCGCCGUACCAGAGUUGGGCACAUUUCGCGACUGGGGAUAUUCAAUGGAAAGUCAAGCCCACAGAACGGCGUGCAACCAACACUGCCACAAGAAGCUUCUGUCCGCGUUGCGGGUCGACAAUCAGUAUGACUCUGGAUCGCUCCCCUGAGCUUACAGGCCUGGCUGCAGGAACGCUCAAUGAGGGAGAAACACAAAUUCCGAGACCUAGCCAUCAUAUUUUCCUGGCCGAGAAAGCGAGUUGGUUUGAAGUACCGGAAGAUGGGGCGCAAAGAUGGGAUGUAUGGAGUCAGUGA